AUGAAGUCGACAUGUCUGCUCUUCUUGGCUUCUCUCGCGGUUUGCAACUUGGCUGUGUGCGGUGGACAGGGUCCCCCCACUGAGGAUGAGACAGCUCGGGUAACCAUAGACGACAUCAUCCUACAGAGAGCAGAGAGUCUUCUGUUAAGGUCCAUUCUCAAUAAGAUACAGGAGGAAGACAGCCGAAACGGUGCGUAAAAUGUGUGUCUUGGAUGAGCUUCACGAGCAAUCCAAAAACGACUGAACUGAUGCAAAAUAAUUCAAUAAAGUGAUCUGAAUAGCGUCAUCUGUUAGUUUGCUUAUAUAUCCAUAAAACUUGGAUCUAAAUUUUUACAAUCUCGAUGUUGUACAUUUGGGCGAUUUGUCUUAUAUUCGCUGAAAGUCCUAAAUUGCGACAAAAGCGUCAAGGCUCAUUCGAUCUUUACGCCUAGUUUUGGAUACUUUCAAGUGUGUUAGAUUUCUUUAACUGUAUUUCAAGGAAAAGGAUGAAAAUAGUGCUUCAAUUUGUCACAUAAAGAGGACAAAACCAUGUUGUUUGUGCGCAAUUACGCACGGCGCAGUCAAGCUGUGGAAGCAAUACAUCAAAAUACUCCACUCCACGGAGUUAUUUACCAUUCUUUCUCUUUCCAGAGGGGUCCUCUUCUCAGACGGCAUGGGUAUCAAAACGGCAGCAUCCCGGCAAGAGGUACAUGGAGGAGAUGGAGAAGCGGCAGCAUCCAGGGAGGAGAGCAGAGGACGAGGAGGAUGAACAGUACUUGGAUGUUCAAAGGAGACAGCAUCCAGGCAAACGCGAAGAUGAGAUACACUCGUUCAUGGAGUUCCAGAAAAGACAGCACCCAGGAAAGCGCUCCACCAUGGGACACGUUUCAGAAAACCCCGUGAUGCUCCUGAGUGAACUUUCAAAACGACAACACCCGGGCAAGCGCUACCUGGUGCUGCACAGCAAACGCCAGCACCCAGGUAAGCGCAACCAAGAGGAUGAGGACGGUGAGGGGGACUGGGAUGGAGAUGCAGAUGGAGACGAAGACCUCGCUGAGUUGGAAAAGCGUCAGCACCCGGGGAAAAGGUUUUGGGAUAACUCCAGUCCGGAUUUAGGCACAAACAGUCCGUGUGAUGUACUAGAACCGAGUUGCAGUAAGACCAGUUUGCUGCUCGACUUUUUAGACAACAUUAACAAGAGCCAUGCCGAGGAGAAGAGACAACACCCGGGUAAACGGUUUGCACCCGAGGAGGAUUUAGUGGGAGGAGAAUAG